AUGGAUCAACAAAUAGAAGAUUUAGUGAAGGAUUGUGGCGUGUGCCAGGCACUCCAGUCUUCAAUCCCUCAUGAUAGCUAUGUGCCUUGGUCAUGGCCGACUAGGCGCUGGCAGAGAUUGCAUAUGGACUUUGGCCAUUUCCAGGGUUCUGAAUUGUUGAUGAUCUUAGAUGCUCAUUCAAAAUGGCCUUCGGUGCACAUUAUGCCAAAAACUGAUUGUGUGGCAGUAAUAGAAGUGCUCAGGUCUUUGUUUGCUGCUUAUGGCCUACCAGAAGAGAUAGUGAGUGACAAUGGGCAACCUUUUGCGUCACAAGCUAUGUCCGAGUUCCUGCAGGCUAAUGGAGUGGUACAAACGUUCUCGCCAACGUACCAUCCUCAAAGCAAUGGUGCAGCUGAAAACGAAGUAAAAACGGUCAAGAGAUCUCUGCUCAAGCAACUUCUAGACGAGAAAACCAAGCAUCGAACUCUCAGUCAUAAGAUAGAUGCAUUUCUAUUUACAUAUAGAAACACACCCCAUACAGUGACGAAACUGUCUCCUGCUGAAUUGUUCCUGGGACGAAGACCCAGAACUCCACUCUCUAUGCUACAACCAUCUAAUGUAUUGAAGAUGAAGAUUACCCUGAUGGAGCUGGGGGACAUGCAGGGAUAA